CAGCCUGUGUGACUCCGCCCUUCUUCACCUGGACUUUAACAUCAGUUUCCAUCCGGUGUCUCGUCCUUUUCUCACUCUUCAUCCUUUCUUUUUUGUGUCUGUGUCUGUUUUUUCCUGUCUCCAUGGAGACCAGAGACAGCUGAUGUCACCGAAGCUUCCAAAAGCUCCAACUGACUCCAACUGUUCAACAGCUUCAGGCUGUUCAGAGACAGGUUGAACGCAUCAUGACUCACCUGCACUCACCUCCAGCUCCUCACAGCACUGUGGAGAGGAUCAGUUUGACCGUGCUGCCUCCUGCCGUCCAUCGAUUCCUCUUCAGCCAAUCAGAAGAGCCUCAGGUGGCUCACCUGGUCCUCAGGGCGCUGUUUGGAGCAGUGAGUGGGACAGUUCUCUUCCUGGGACUCUGCCACACCCUCCCACUGACCUUUGACCUCCAGCUGGCAGCAGGAGGAGUGUUUGUGGCUUUGUGCGCUGUGGGCGGAGCCUUGUCCUCGUCCUCCAGAUGUUCCGUCCUCCUGAUGUUUCCCAGCAUGCUCGGCUCCCGCGGUCGAGCGUACCUGAUGCUGCUCAUCCUGUCUUUGCUCUGGAGAGGACCGGUUUCUAACAUCCAGCGUAACGCAGAGACGGCCGCGCUGUCUCUGAGCUGUAACCUCGACCUGCAGGUUCAUCACAGCAAGCUACUGUGGAGAGACGCCAUCAGACCGUUCAUACUCAUCACACAGGAGCUCAUGGAUGAUGAAGCAAAGUUUCAGUCGGAGUCUCUGAGCGUCAGCAGGAACUUUCAGAACAUCAGAGACGAGGUCGUCCUACAGUACGGAUACGACCGAUUCAAACCUAAACACACCGGUAACAGCACACAGGAGCAGUUCACCACCAAGACCAUGAUGCAGUGUGACAGUGUGGUGGAUGGCGGCGUGCAGCGAUGUGCUGAUUGGUUCGGCCUCAGGUGGGCGGAGUGUAUGGAGGCUAUCCCUGUCCCCGUUAUCAACCACAUCCUCUGUGUCUCCAUGAAGUUCCACUUCCUGUGUGAUGUCAUGAGAGUGAUGACUCCGUGGUGCAGAGAACAGAUCCCUGUAGAAGGAAACUUCGGUCAGCUGUUUGAUCAGCUCAACCUUUCAGUCUCUCAGCUCUCAGGAGAGUUCAGAACCGAACUCAUCUUGAAGGAGCAGCAGCAGCAGUCGGUGUUGGGCGGAGCUCUGUUGGAUCAGGAGUUCACUGAGGCUGUUAGAGGAUCCUUCCAGAAACUGACCAUGACUAUGAAGCAGCUGCUGAACAUCAUGCAGCUUCUGCUGUCCUUUACCUUCAUCACCAUCUUCACACAGGCGUUCAGUUACCUUAGAAAGUACAGGCAGGACGUCCGAUUCGACAAUAUCUAUAUCACCACCUACUUCAGACAGAUCGAUGCCCGCAGGAGGAGAGCGGGGAAGCGCUGUCUGCUGCCUCUGAAACAAUCAGAGGAGAAGAAGUUCAUCAACCCCUGGAGUCUAAAAAUCCACCCCGAAGAGCUCAAACAAGUGACUUCAGGUGUUUUUCAGGUGCUGUCUGCCUUUCUGCUGUCUGUCAUCCUGCUGAGUGUCGAUUUCUCUCUGUUCCACGUUUUGGACAUCGUCAGCAGACACACCUUCACCCAGUUCAACCUGACCAGGAGUCACCAGGUGGACAUCAGAGUGGAAGGAGACUCCAUGAUGGCCCGCCUCCUGAGGAAGACGGUUUCAGCCUUCAACAGCUCAUCCACCCUCAACAUCCAAACCGACAACCAGGUGUGUGUGUCUCCCCCCUCCUCACUCUCUGUAGGAGUGUAUGUGAGCUGUGUGUGUUGUGUCCUCUUGAUGGCGCUCUUCAGCUGCCUGCAGGUUUACACCAACCGCCUCCGACGGGUCAUCGCUGCCUUCUACUACCCCAAGAGGGAGACGAAGAGAGUCUUGUUUCUCUACAGUCUGCAGAUACAGAGACGGAUUUCGUCCACUGACAGGAAACGCAUCAUCACCCGGGGACGCAGGAGCAACAUGGUGUUUGAGUGUCCGAGCAGCUGUGGACGUCGUCUUUGUCGUCAUCACCAACAGGAAGCGUCGGAUUCUGAGGAGACGCACUACGACCACGGCUAGACCCGGACAGGAAGUUGUCGCUUUCUAAUGUGUAUAAGAAUAAAGAUUCUGCUGCUUCUCUCUGUAACUAUGUCAUUAAACUGAAGCUAACAGCGCCACCAGAGUGUGUGUGUGUGUGUGUGUGUGUGUGUGUGUGCGUGUGUGUGUGUGUGAAGGGCAGUUAGCUAGUGGAGGCGCUGCUGUUGGAGACGGACAGUGACAGACGACUGGCUGUCAGUAAGUAACGCACACACUCUGUGGUUGCACCCCGGGGCUAACGUUAGCUGCACAAGCUAACUAGCUAACAACAGCUAACAUUACUGUUGGCGACAGUUAGCUUCUUUUAGCAACAAGUCCAUCUGGAAACUCCAUAAAUCAAUACAGUACGGCUGAUGAGCCCCAUUUGGUUGCUAACGCUAACCGCAACUACAUUAGUAGUUAAAACAUCCAGUUGCACCCAAAUCACUGAUAAAGUUGUGUUGUUGUACAGUAAUCAAUAAAGUUUGUGU